CCUGGUGGGGGCAAAACCCACGGCCCCCUGCCCCAGCCUCAGUGGCUCCCUCUCUUGCAGACGCUGAGCCAGGACCCUGGGAUGACAGCCAAGCAGGGGUACGGUGGCACCUUCUGCCCAGAGGGCUCUGCCAAGGCCCAGUGCUUUAGCCCAGGCAGUGCAGCGAGCCUGGCUCCCUGCAGCCCUGAGCGCGGCCUCUUCUCUUCGCCCACGGCUGAAGCUUGCUGGCUGAGCUGCCCGGCACCACAGGCCAAGUCCCCGACCCAUGAGAACCUCGCGCUAGAAGAGCUGCUCACCCCCGUCACGGAGAAGCUCAAGUACCUGCUGAAGAAAGCAGAGGAUUUUCAGACAUACCUGCUCUACAGCAGGGACAGGAUGCAGAAGGAGCAGUUUGCCAAGGCCGUGCCCACCUUCCUGCAGAUGUGCCAGCCCUACUUCGAAUACCUGGAGUCCACCGCCCGCAGCUACAACUCUGGCCUGGGUGCCCUGCAGACGUCUGUGCGCAAGAGGCUGCUGGAGAUCUCAGAGCAACUGGCGUUGCGACUGGAGCAGCUGGUGCUGAUGUACGCCUCCUUCAGCUUCGUCUCCCUGGAGGACACCGAUCCCUUCAACGUCUCAUGUUUCUUCUGCGGCCGCUUCUGGCUAAGCGAGUGGCGCCAGCUCUCCGUCUUCCGCUUCUGCAUCUCUGCGCCCUACACAGCCGCCCACCUGCCCUGCAACCUCUACAAGAAGAUGCGCUGGAACCUGGACAUUCUGGAGGAGGGGGUGGGCAUGGGGGAGAUGGAGGGGUUUACUUGGCCCCCCAUUGGGCACUGUGUGCCCCCCAGACUACCACCCCUUCCCUCUGCCAGGCAUCUCCCUCGAUCUCCAAUUUACACUGCUCCCUGCAGACUCCUCCCCAGCCCCGCUGCCCCAGAUCGUCUCUCGGGGCAGGGGGGGCGGCUUUGCCCCAGUCUGACCCCUCCCCCUACCUUCACCCCCAAAUUUUGUUGCAGCUACUUCCUGUGCUUCCGGGACACGGGCAGGGAGAACGCCGUCAAUAUGCAGAAGCUCUGGUCCAUCGGGCGCUGGGUGCCCCUGGACCCCGAUGCAGAGCACUCCUCCGACGUCCUGCAGUGGGUGCUGUGCCGGCAGCCCACGGGUGACUUCCAGCCACUGCUGACCAUUGGUUUCGAGGAGCCCUCGCACACCCUGGCCACCGACCUGCUGGUGCAGAUCCUGAGCGCCCCAGCCUGCGCACCCCUCCCCUGCCCAGGCACCAGCAGGGAGCCCUUACACUGGGGGAGCUCAGGAGGGCAGGGACAGUAGCACAGCCCUGUGUGGCUUCCUGGGGCACAGGGGGCAAGUGCUGGCUACUUGCCUCCUGCUGGGCCCCUCACCCUGGUGCCAGGGCAGCCCUGACACCCAAACAGGCCCAUUGUAUUUUAAUUGACACUGACUCUUUUAAAACUCCUCUGAUUCUAGGCCCCGGAGGGUCGUUAGCCUUAGCGAGGGGAGGCUACUCAACCCUGACUCCACUCUGCCCUUGGGGCUGGAGGGCAGGCUGGGGACCCAUCUCUGCAGAGUUCACCCCACUGCCUCUAGAAGGGCUGUUACCCGGGAGGGGUGGGGCAGCUCAGCCCCAGUGGGGUAGUGGGGGUAAAAGAGAAGAGGGUUGGGGCUGCUGGGUCCAUAAACCCUCUCCUGAAAAAGCCCCAGCCAGGGGCUGGAUCCCUGCUGUUAAUGCAGAACAGGGGUUCUCCACAGGCUCCCCUGAUCUGUGAGCAGCCCCAUAAUCCCACCCCAGGCCCCAUCUGCCGGGGUUUCAUCUCCCUCUCCCUCCUGUUCCUCAAACUUGCUGGGCACUGAGAAUCCUCCUCUCCCCCCCCCCGCCCCCACCCCCACCCAAUGUGCACAGAGCACCAUGGGGUCUCCUCCCCUACCCGAAUUUGAGCUGGAGGCCCCUCUCCCCUGAUCUCCACAGAGC